CCAGCCACUCCCUCUCCCCAUCCUUCCUCCUGGCUGGCUCUCCUCUUGCUUGUCUGUCGAAAUGCUCAACAUUGUCCGUCAGGGCUCCCACCGGGCCGCCAUGGCCGGGUCGCUGCUGCGCUCGGUGCCGGCCAUCGCCAACGCCGCCACCUCGGCGGCCGUGCCGCGCCGUGUUCCCGGCGCUGGCCCCGCCCCGGCGGCCUCGAUCACCAGCAGUGCCUCUCUCCCCGUGCCCCAGCCCCUCCUGAGCCCCUGGAUCGUGGCCGCCGGCAAGCGCCGGAGCCAGGUGGCCGACUACUUCUAUCAGUCGCGCCAGCCCGGAACCGACAAGGCCAUCAUUGUUUUCUAUGGCUCCUCGCUCAUGCACAGCGCGGGGCCGGUUUUCCAUCCCUUCUCCCAGGAUCCCACCUUCCUCUACCUGACCGGCAUGUUUGCGCCGGAUUGUCUGGUGGCACUGGAGGUGGAUUUCACCCAGGAGGGCAAGCUCACCUCCACGGCCUUCAUGCCGCCGCGUGACAGCCACAGCACCCUCUGGGAGGGCGAGCGCAUUGGUUUGGAGGGCGCGCGCGAGGAUUAUGGCUUCGAUCAGGCCCUCCCCGUGACGGAGUUCAUCCCGUACAUGACCCGGCUGCUGUCUGACGCCCCGGGCGGGCUCAAGUCCCUCAUGCUGUACAUGCAGCAGCCGGACCAUGCCGGCGGUGCCGGGUCCCCGCAGGCCAAGAACUACGAGCUGGUGUCGAGCCUGCUCUUGUCCCUGGAGACGAAGUUCUCGCCGGCGCCGCAAUUCUUCAAUGUUUCGCCGGCCAUCGAGCGUCUGCGUGUCAACAAGGAUCCCCUGGAGCGGACCCUGAUCGAGGAGGCGUGCUUCAUCGGCGGGGCGGCCAUGCGGGACGUCAUGAAAUUCGGUGCGGAUCGCCUGCGCGCUGGUCGGCCUCUGUAUGAGCGCCACCUGGCCACGCAGAUGCUUCACUCGGCGGCCCUCAAUGGCGGCGAGACCCUGUCCUAUGUGCCGGUGGUCGCGGCCAAUGGCCGGUCGUGCGUCAUCCACAAUGUGCGCAAUGACCAGCCUCUCAAGGACACCGACAUGGUGCUCAUGGAUGCCGGCGCCUUCUUUGGCGGCUACCGGUCGGACAUCACCCGCACCUGGCCCGUGGGUGGGCGCUUUGUCCGGGGCUCUCCGCAGUUGGACGUCUACCAGGCGGUGCUGGAGGUCCAGGAGAAGGUCAUCGAGUCCAUCUCCCCCGGCAUGAAGAUGCGUGAUCUCCUGGAAACCUCGACCACGCUGCUGUCCGAGCAGCUGGUGCAGCUGGGCAUCUCGCCUCGGCACAUUGACCAGUACUAUCCCCAUGAUAUUGGCCACUUCCUGGGCCUCGAUCUGCACGACACCCCCAAGUACCAGCAUCUGCCGCUGCAGCCGGGCAUGUGUCUGACCAUCGAGCCGGGCCUUUACUUCCGCGACGAUGACCACACCGUGCCUGAGGCCUUCCGCGGUAUCGGCGUCCGCAUCGAGGACAACAUCUUCCUGGAUGAGGUCGACCAGUCGACACAGGACUUCACCGUGACCAACCUGACCGCGGGUGUCCCCAAGCGCGUGGAGGAUAUUGAGCGCCACAUCGCCGAGGGUGUCUACUCGUAUGACGAGCCCAUCGAUACGGACGCCUGUUCGCUCUGAGUAUUGGCACGCGCGCCUCCUUCGCCGAACGAGAGGGCGAGACACACCGUUGCCGCGGCCGCGCCCCCGGCCCCCGGCCCCCGGCUCCGACCGUGUUACCCCGCAGGGCAGCCGUCUCUCGGCGACCCGUGGCCCAACCCCAGCCCUUGACACAAUAGACUGCCCUCCGCUUGCCCCCCUCCCCCUUCUCCUGGGGAGAGACCCCCCCAGAGCGAAAGA